CAGCAUCCUCCUGCUCCUCCUCGGGAUGUAUCGGUGUGCUGCUGCACCUGUCUCCUCCGCCGUCUGGUCGCUAGCCGCGGAGAUGCUGUGAUUUGUAUCCGCUCUCAUCAUCAGCCACGCGGGGAAGGUAGAGCCGACCUGUGCGGAGGAUCCAGUGUGGAGGUCUGGAGCCGGAGGAUGUGGUGACUCCUUCUGUUGCAGCAGUGAGACAGCAUCUUUACCCGGUGACACAUCAUUAUCAGCCCGCGUGGACCAGCCCCCCAGGACACCAUGUCGGACAAAAGUGACCUAAAAGCCGAGCUCGAGCGCAAGAAGCAGCGCCUCGCCCAAAUCAGGGAGGAAAAAAAGAGAAAGGAGGAGGAGAGGAAGAAGAAAGAGGUAAGGAAGAAAUCUGAGAUCCAGCAGAAGGCAGAGGUGACCCCAGAGGAUUCAGACUUGGAUCGUAAGCGCAGGGAGACAGAGGCCCUCCUACAGAGCAUCGGUAUAUCACCAGAGCCUCCACUAGUCCCGACCCCUGUGUCCCCCGCAAAAUCAUUGAGCACGCCCAGCGAGACUGGGAGCCAGGACUCAGUAGAUGGAGUCGCCACCGGCAGGUCAGGGUUCUCUCAAAACAAGUCCCAAGCAAAUAUCGCAAGGACACUGCAGUGGGACACAGACCCCUCUGUGCUGCAGCUGCAGGCGGAUUCUGAGCUUGGACGGAGGAUGCAGAAGCUGGGGGCCUCCAAGAUCACACAGGUAGACUUCCUUCCCAAAGAGGUGGUCGCUUACUGCAAAGAGACGCAGACGCCGCUCGCCGCCCACCUGUCUGAAGUAGAGGAGGAGGAGGAAGAUGAGGAGAUGACGGAGGCCAAGCCAUGCCCAGAGUCAGAGCAGCCGGAUGAAGACGACAACAAAGAAAACAAAGAAGGCUCAUUUCCGGUGCUGAGGGAGCUGACAGAGGAAGAGCGGCAGCAGAUCCUGCACUCCUCUGAGUUUCAGAGUUUCUUUGACUGCAGCAUCCGAGUGAUGGAGAGAGCUCUGGCCGAAGACAGCGACAUCUUCUUUGACUACAGCGGCCGAGACCCGGAGGACAAAGAGGGAGACUCUGGUAGUGGCUCCAGUCUCUCUUUCAGUCGACUCUUCUAUGAUGAACACUGGUCCAAACAUCGCGUCGUCACCUGUCUCGACUGGUCCCCUCAGUAUCCAGAGUUGAUGGUUGCCUCCUACAACAAUAAUGAAGAUGCCCCUCAUGAGCCAGACGGUGUUGCCCUCGUGUGGAACACCAAAUUUAAGAAAGCCACACCUGAGUACAUCUUUCACUGUCAGUCUCCAGUGGUGUCUGUGGGCUUCGCCAGGUUUCAUCCCAACCUGGUGGUGGGGGGGACGUACUCGGGGCAGAUUGUGCUGUGGGACAACCGCAGUCACCGCCGGACGCCUGUGCAGAGGACUCCCCUGUCUGCUGCUGCACAUACACACCCGGUGUACUGCAUAAACGUGGUCGGCACCCAGAAUGCCAACAACCUGAUCACAGUGUCCACGGACGGCAGGAUGUGCUCCUGGAGCCUGGACAUGUUGUCGCAGCCGCAGGAGACCAUGGAACUGGUGUACAAUAAAUCCAAACCGGUGGCGGUGACAGGCAUGGCCUUCCCCACGGGAGACGUUAACAACUACGUGGUGGGGAGUGAGGAGGGCACAGUUUACACUGCAUCCAGACACGGCAGUAAGGCAGGUAUCUGUGAGAUGUUCGAGGGCCACCAGGGGCCAGUGACGGGCGUCAGCUGUCACGGCGCAGUGGGCACGGUGGACUUCUCCCACCUCUUCAUCACAUCGUCAUUCGACUGGACUGUCAAACUCUGGAGCACCAAGCAAAACAAGCCCCUGUACUCGUUUGAGGACAACGCAGACUACGUGUAUGAUGUCAUGUGGUCACCUGUGCACCCCGCCCUCUUCGCCGCCGUGGAUGGCAUGGGUCGCUUGGACCUGUGGAACCUCAACAAUGACACUGAGGUACCAACAGCUAGCGUGACCAUUGAAGGGGCGUCGGCCCUCAACAGGGUCCGCUGGGCCUCAGGAGGGAAGGAGGUGGCUGUGGGCGACUCAGAGGGACGAGUGUGGAUCUACGAUACUGGAGAGCUGUCCGUGGCCCACCCAGACGACUGGGGCCGCUUCGCCCGCACCCUGAUGGAGAUCCGUGCCAACCGGGCGGACGGCGAGGAGGAGGGUCCUAUGGAGCUGGCUUCGUAGGAGAGGCCUCAGACCAGAGCACGGCCAAUCAGAGACCCGGUGUGCUUCUCUUGGUGUCACUGUAGCAUGUGCUUCUCACUCCGUUUUUUCAUGUUUCUCCACCUUUGUGUUCCUGUUCCCGUCCGCUGUAUUGUUGCAUUUGCUCUCCUGUAAAUGAGAGCAAAUGUCUAAAGGGUAAACUGUUGAUCUCCACACUUAUUUAUUCGUUUGACGACUCAAUGUGACUUGUGGCUUGCGGCCAGUGAGCCUGCAGUAUUCACCAAGUGGCCAUCUUAUAGCCUUACGGAGAUGUGUGUACUGUAACAAUGCUUGGCACUAAAAUAAAGCAGGGUCCAUAGACUAGUCAUGUAUUGUUUACAAAAUGUCACUUUCAUGUUCCGUUGUUCCUCUCUCUCUCUCUCUCUCUCUCUCUGUAUCGAGCCUGCAUGCGACACAUUCCUGAAAUAUUCCAGACGCGUGAGUACGGAGUUAGCGUGGAGGCGUUUUCACACGUUGUGGCUGCUUUGUGUCAGUAACAGAAUCAAGCACUUUUUUUCUCUUUGUUCUGAUUGAGAUGUGAAUUCUUUCAUGAACUGUGACGGUCGACAAAAGGUGCAGUGUGUUGUAACGCGGAGUGCUCGCUGUGAAUGUUCGCCAUUAAAGAAAAGCUGAGGUA